UGCUCUCUUUAUAAAGAGACACAACCCCACCCUUUUGUUUAAAGAGUACUGCACAGCUAUAAAAAGGUGGAUUAAUCUGUAAAAUCACCAUGAUUAAGAGCUUAAGCAAUAUGAAGAAUUAUAACGAGAAACGUGAAAAAUGUUGUGAGUACAUCGAAGCUCUUGAAGAAGAACGCCGCAAGAUCAAUGUCUUCCAACGCGAGCUUCCUCUUUGCUUAGAGCUUGUCACUCAAGCGAUCGAGGCAUAUAAAAAGGAGAUAUCAGGGACUACGACAGAUACCUUGUACGGACAACCAGAGUGCUCGGAGCAGACCACCGGAGAAUGUGGACCCGUCUUGGAUCUGUUCCUACCUAUCAAACAAUCUUCAGCCUCCACAGAUGAGGAAGAGGAAGAAGAAGAGGUUGAUGAAGAUGAUGAUGUUGAGCACGAAUCUCAUGACACAGGCAUAGAUUUCGUUGACAAGAACAUGAAAUCUGAAUGGCUCAAGUCUGUUCAGCUUUGGAACCAACCCGAGGCAGUUCCCGUUAGUAAAUGGGAGCGCUCACAACAAGAAACACAAACGUUGGUAGAACCGAUCAAAGAAAAUGACAAUGGAGCAGGGUCUCAUCAGCCGCCAUGCUAUGAAACGAGCAACGAAAAAAAUGACUAUAUUAUAUCUCUUGCGACUACUAGCAGCGGAAGCGCUCGACAAAAGACGGAGGCUGAGAGAGGCGGAAGCGGUGGCAGCGGCGGUAGCAGCAGUCGGAGAGGGCAAAGAAAGCAGAGGAGGUGUUGGUCGCAUGAGUUGCACAGACGCUUCUUGAACGCUCUUAAACAGCUUGGUGGUCCUCAUGUAGCUACGCCGAAACAGAUUAGAGAGCUUAUGAAGGUUGACGGGUUAACAAAUGAUGAAGUCAAGAGUCAUUUACAGAAAUACAGGCUGCAUACAAGACGACCUAGCCAAACAGUUCCUAACAACAGAGACUCUCAAACUCAACAUUUCGUGGUCGUCGGUGGAAUUUGGGUCCCCCAGGCUAGCCACUCCAAGGCGAACGCAGUCGCAUCACGUGAGACAACCACCGGGAUUUAUGGGCCUAUGGCCAGCCCGUUACCGUCGGAGUGGCCGAGCCAUUCAAGUUUUGGUCGGGAGAUUUCGGAAGAAAGAUCAAGAUGCUCUAACAAAGGGAUUGUUCGGUGUAGCUCACCAGCAAUGUCUUCUUCCACUCGUACAAAGACUAAAGAUGCAAAAAUGUCAUAAGUCAUUUUUUUUUACAAAAAAAAAAAAAUGUCAUAAGUCAUUUUGAUAAUUAUAUAAUAAAAGGAUAUAGGCAUUGAAAUGAAAGAGUUUAUAUAUAUAGAUGUUUGGAGCGACAAUCUGUAUACUAUUAU